GCCCCGCCCCGCGGGGUGAUGCUGCAGCCGCUGCGGGCCGGGGGCGACAGGCCCGGGACCCAGGCUGUGCCCGGGGCAGGCGGAAAGCCAGCCUCGGAAGGGGAUGCCUCCCGGCUGGAAGCACAGGAAUACCCACCAACCCCCCCCACGAUGAUUCCCCCAGCAACCAGCAGCACACCUCCGGGAGAGGCCUUCUUCCCUGCCUUGGCUCCUCAGGAUUUCUGGAGGUCUCAGCUCUCAGGCUACUCGGGCACUGUUACCCAGCACAUCAGCCACCGGGCCAACAACUUCAAACGCCACCCUAAGAGGAGAAAGUGCAUUCGCCCCUCCCCACCCCCACCCCCCAACACCCCGUGCCCUAUCGAACUGGUGGACUUUGGGGAUCUCCACCCUCAGAGGUCCUUCCGGGAGCUGCUCUUCAAUGGCUGCAUCCUCUUCGGCAUUGAGUUCAGCUAUGCCAUGGAGACAGCCUACGUAACCCCGGUGCUCCUACAGAUGGGCCUGCCCGACCAGCUCUACAGCCUCGUGUGGUUCAUCAGCCCCAUCCUUGGCUUCCUGCUGCAGCCUCUGCUGGGUGCUUGGAGUGACCGAUGUACCUCAAGGUUUGGAAGGAGACGCCCUUUCAUUCUUGUCCUGGCCAUAGGAGCAUUGCUGGGCCUCUCGCUCUUGCUCAACGGCAGGGACAUUGGCACAGCCCUGGCUGACACAGCCACUAACCACAAGUGGGGCAUCCUCUUCACCGUGUGUGGGGUGGUACUGAUGGACUUCAGUGCAGACUCAGCUGAUAACCCCAGCCAUGCCUACAUGAUGGAUGUCUGUGGCCCUGCCGACCAGGACAGGGGCCUGAACAUCCAUGCCCUCCUGGCAGGUCUCGGAGGUGGCUUUGGCUACGUGGUGGGUGGCAUCCACUGGGAUAAAACCAGCUUCGGCAGAGCCCUGGGCGGCCAGCUCCAUGUUAUCUAUGUCUUCACAGCAAUUACCUUGAGCAUCACCACCAUCCUCACUCUGGUCAGCAUCCCUGAGAGACCCCUGCAGUCCCAAAGCCAAAAGAAGGCCCCCAUGAAGAGCCCCAGCCUCCCACUGCCCCCAUCCCCGCCUGUGCUGUUCGAGGAAGGCGAGACCAAUGCCACCAUUCCUUGUCACACGGCUACCAGCCUGUAUGCCAGCUUCUCAGGCCCCAUCUCACCGCUCAGCCCCCUCACCCCCAAGUAUGGCAGCUUCAUCAGCAGGGAUAACUCCCUGACAGGCAUCAAUGAGUUUGCCUCAUCUUUUGGCACCUCCAACAUCGACAGCGUCCUCAUCGACUGCUACACAGGAGGCCACAGCAACUACCUGGCCAGUUCCAGCAGCGUCCCCAGGCAAGCCAUCAGUGUCAGCUUCCCACAGGUCCCCGACAGCUUCUACCACCCAGACCAAGGGCUUGGGGACAGAAGGGAAGUGGCCUUGGCCUCUGGUCCUGAUGGUGACAUUUUAAGGGUGGGCUCCCUAGACACAUCCAAGCCACGAUCAUCUGGGAUACUGAAGAGGCCCCAGACCUUGGCCAUCCCAGACACAGUCGGAGGCAAUGGCCUUGAAGCCAGCAGGAGAAGGAACGUGACCUUCAGUCAACAGGUGGCUAAUAUAUUGCUGAAUGGCAUGAAGUAUGAGAGUGAGCUGACAGGCUCUGUGGAAGCAUCAGGGCAGCCACUAUCUGUGAGGCACCUCUGCUCCACCAUCUGCAACAUGCCCAAGGCGCUACGCAACCUCUGUGUCAACCACUUCCUGGGGUGGCUCUCAUUUGAGGGCAUGCUGCUCUUCUACACAGACUUCAUGGGCGAGGUGGUGUUUCAGGGGGACCCAAAAGCCCCACACACGUCAGAGGAGUAUCAGAAAUACAACAGCGGUGUCACCAUGGGCUGCUGGGGAAUGUGUAUCUAUGCCUUCAGCUCCGCCUUCUACUCAGCAAUCCUGGAGAAGCUGGAAGAAUACCUCAGUGUUCGCACCUUGUACUUCAUUGCCUACCUGGCUUUUGGCCUGGGGACCGGGCUCGCCACACUCUCCAGGAACCUCUACGUGGUGUUAUCCCUCUGCGUCACCUAUGGGAUUCUCUUCUCCACCCUGUGCACCCUGCCCUACUCGCUGCUGUGUGACUACUACCAGAGCAAGAAGUUUGCAGGCUCCAGCGCAGAUGGUACCAGGCGGGGCAUGGGCAUGGACAUCUCCCUGCUCAGCUGCCAGUACUUCCUGGCCCAGAUCUUGGUCUCCCUGGUGUUGGGGCCCCUGACCUCUGCAGUGGGCAGUGCUAAUGGAGUGAUGUACUUCUCCAGUCUGGUGUCCUUCCUUGGCUGCUUGUACUCCUCACUGUUUGUCGUGUAUGAAAUCCCCCCCAGCGAGGCCACUGAUGAGGAGCACCAGCCUCUCCUGCUGAAUGUCUGACAUAGCCCUGGCUCCUGCCUGGGCCCAGGGUUCAGGGACUGGCCAGCCACUGGGCACUGGUGGACACAGGACAGGUGGGAUGUAAAUAUGUGAUAAAACAAUAAAUGAUAGCAGCGAAA